UUUUGUUUCCAUAUCUGUAAAAAAAAAGGGGGGGGGGAGAGUUAGACCAAAUGAUUUUUCCCAUUUUUUUAAGCUUUUUAUUUUCAAAAUACAUAGUUUUCAGCAUUCACCCUCACAAAACCUUGUUUUCCAAGUUUUUUUCUCCCUCAGUAAGUAAUUCAAUAUAUAUUAAAGACUUGCAAUUCUUCUAUACGUAUUUCCACAAUUAUACUGCACAAGAAAAAUAAGGUCAAAAAAGGGAAAAAAUAAGAAAACAAAAAACAAGCAAACAACAACAAAGGUAAAAAUACUGUAUUGUGAUCCACAUUCAGAAUCCACAAUUCUUUCUCUGGGUGCAGAUAAAUCUCUUCAUCACAAGACCAUUGGAACUGGACAGAAUCACCUCACUGUUGAAAAGAGCCACAUCUACAAGUUUGAGGUUGCUAUGUCUAGUGUUGUCUUGUUGACAAAAAGAUUUUAAAGGCCACUCGCAAGUUUCAUAUUCCUUCUCGUCUGUGAUUCCAGACUCAAAUAUCCAGCCUUUGGUAGAGAACUGCCCAUGGUUCUUAUUCAGGGCAUGAAGUUCCUGAAGAUUCCUUCACUUCUAGCUCAAAAGCAGAGCAGUAUGGAUGUAAGCCGGGCUAGAAACACAACAGACUUUUGGGAGAAGAGGCAUGAAGAGAUGCUGCUGAGUACAGAUGCCAGGAGUUUGAAAUUCAUCAGUUAAUAAAUGAAUCCUCAGCUUUCCUAUGACCAAAGGAGAUCAAACAGACUUCUUACCAACUGGAAUAACUGCUGAAGAAUUCAGAGUUCAAAUCUGAGGUUUUAUACAGUACAUCAAGGUAUUUUUUCAGGGUAGGUAGAUAUCUGGAGGUCCCCUAUUGGAUUUGGAGUUUUUGGUGGUGGUUGUGUUUUUUUGGUUUGAGUAACAGGCCAGGAUAAAUAGAAAUGUUAGCAGCCCACUAGGAAAGAAUAACCCUUGGAAACUUUAUGGCAAACACUUACAUGAACUGAUGCUGAGUGAAACAAGCAGACUCAGUACACAAUAACAGCAAGAAUAUAUGAUGAUCAACAAUGAAAGACUUGGUUCUUCACAGUGAUUCAAUCCACUGUGAUCCAGUAGACUUUGGAGAAAAAAUGCCAUCACAUCCAGAAAAAGAACUAAGGAGGCUGAAUAUAAAUCAAUGCAUGCUAUGUUCACUUUUUUUUUUUAAUCUCUUCUAUGGUUUUUCAUUUUUGCUCUGAUUUUUCUCUCCCAACAUGAUUCAUAAAGUAAUAUUGAAAAUAAAUUUACCAGGAAAAUAAAGAAAAAAUAGAAUUUAGUGCCUUGUUAGUAUUUCAUUCCCUUAACUUAAUUUUCUUGAAAACUUCUUGUAUUGUUUUCAUGAAUUUCAAAGUUGAAUUGCAGGGUUUUUGCUGUUCAUCCCUAUUUAUAGCUAUUUGCUUUUUGUACAUUGCUUGUUUACUUUUUCCUACGAGGAUAGGAAAGAGAUUGAUGUUGACAGAAGCAUGUUUUCACAGGUUUAGGAACUUCCUAGUGAGGGAGCUUUUAUGGAAGUCAGCGUCUUCCCUGCAUCUUCCCUGCAUUUUAAGGUCCUAGAGAGUGGGCUGGAAUAGGCUUUGUUUGGUCACCAUGAAGCUAUACCAAGCACCACAAAGCCUUCUGUUGAUCCUGCUAUGCUUCCUGGGUAUUGCUUCCAGAUCAAGUGCAUCAUCUCUUGGGCCACCAGCCAUCACUGCUGCUUCCUUCCUUCAAGAACUCAUGAAUCGCUAUGGUGAAGCAGACACACUCACCCUGCAGCAGCUAAAGAUCUUGCUCAACCACCUCAACGUGGGAGUUGGACGGGACAAUGUUACCCAGCCGAAGCUGGAACAGAGGAAUCUUUCUAGGUGUUUUAGCUCUUCAGACCUCUUUGCUGCCCAUAAUUUCAGUGAGCAGUCAAGGAUCGGCAGGUCUGAGUUUCAGGAAUUCUGUCCCACAAUCCUGCAGCAGCUAGACUCUCGAGCCUGCACCUUGGAGAACCAAGAGAAUGAGGAGGACGAGCAGACAGAGGAAGGGAAACCAAGUGCAGUAGAAGUGUGGGGAUACGGUCUGCUCUGCGUGACCGUCAUUUCCCUCUGCUCCCUCGUCGGGGCCAGCGUGGUGCCCUUCAUGAAGAAGACUUUUUACAAGAGGCUGCUGCUCUACUUCAUAGCUCUGGCGAUUGGAACCCUCUACUCCAAUGCCCUCUUCCAGCUCAUCCCUGAGGCUUUUGGAUUCAACCCUCUAGAAGAUUAUUAUGUCUCAAAAUCAGCAGUGGUGUUUGGAGGCUUUUACCUCUUCUUCUUCACAGAGAAAAUUUUGAAAAUGCUUCUCAAACAGAAAGACGAGCAUCACCAUGGACAUAGUCAUUAUGUUUCUGAGACUCUUCCUUCUAAGAAGGACCAGGAAGAGGGAGUGACUGAGAAGUUGCAGAAUGGAGACCUGGAUCACAUGAUACCACAGCACCUGAAUAGGGAUCUGGAAGACAAGGCCCCAGGGAUAGACGAGAAGGUUAUUGUAGGCUCUUUGUCUGUCCAGGAUCUACAGGCAUCCCAGAGUGCAUGUUAUUGGAUAAAAGGUGUCCACUACUCUGACAUUGGCACACUGGCCUGGAUGAUCACCCUGAGUGAUGGCCUCCACAACUUUAUUGAUGGCUUGGCCAUUGGCGCCUCAUUUACUGUGUCUGUUUUCCAAGGCAUCAGCACCUCAGUAGCAAUUCUCUGUGAGGAGUUUCCACAUGAAUUGGGAGAUUUUGUCAUCCUUCUAAAUGCUGGAAUGAGUAUCCAACAGGCUCUCUUCUUCAACUUCCUUUCUGCCUGCUGCUGCUACCUGGGUCUGGCCUUCGGGAUUUUGGCUGGUAGUCACUUUUCUGCCAAUUGGAUCUUUGCUCUCGCUGGGGGAAUGUUUCUCUAUAUUGCCCUGGCUGAUAUGUUCCCAGAGAUGAAUGAAGUUUGUCGAGAAGACGAAAGGAGUGGCAGCAUCCUCAUUCCCUUUAUCAUCCAGAAUUUGGGUCUGCUCACAGGCUUCACCAUCAUGCUAGUUCUUACCAUGUACUCGGGGCAAAUUCAAAUAGGGUAGUGCCAUGCUAUAAAUAGUGGGUCUGGCAGUGGAACUCACUGCGGUACCCCUGUCAACAGAUAGCAUGGUCUGAGGACAAUUUCAACAAAGCACGACAGAAGAGGCGUUUCUGCUAAAGGCUAUUCCCUCAUCUAAAUGUCAGAUCUCUUAAAAACACUAUCCUAGAAUAAACUUCCCUAGUAACUGGUUGCUAGGUAGUGCCUCCCACCCCUCUGCCUGCUCUCUUCUCAAAAACUGGACAUUGAAAACAACAUGGAAGAAAAACCCAGCUUCUCUCUUUGGCUAUUUUCUGCCGUUUUUCUGGGAACAAGCACUGCUGGCAGUGGUACCAACAAACUCCAGAACCCAUUUCCUCUCUGAUCCAGCACAUGUCCUCGAUUCUGUUAACACAAACUAUAACUGGUUGUUAUUACUUGCUAUUAGGAGAUGCAUCUGGACCUCACCAUGUCCCCUUUUGAGAAAAGUUCACCUUUCAUAUAAAGGAUCCAUCUCAUCCCUUCAGAGUUUCUUUAGCUGCCUCAUGCUUUUCAAAGGGAAAUGGGGCAAAGGAUGUUUAAAAAGAAGGCUCUAUCGAGUGGGGAGAAUAUAAAGGCAAAAAUGAGAAAAAAGACAGAGCCACAUUUCUUUUGCAGUGAUGAUGGCCUCCUCUUACUGAGGGACUGUUGUUGGUUGAGCUUCUACAGGCAUCCCCAGCAUGUUGUGACUUUUCCUCUCUUUCAAAUUAGUUAAACAACAGACAUAACUAUUACUGUUUCAGCCUCCUCUUUUCUCCAGAGAAUGGAGGUAAGGGAUUCCUGUAGCUUCCAGGAGGUUUUUCUUGCCUCUUUAGAAGCAUCUCUCUGAAGUAUUCAAAGCUGCUUUGUUAGAGAGGAGACCAUAUACAUCUUUUCUCCAAGUCAAGACCUCUACCACAGAGGCAAGUAAAGGGGGGGACAAAUGGGAGAAGAGUGGGGCUGGCCAAGAUUCAGAAUGUAACUAAGAGGAAAAUAGUGCUGUGACGACAUGGAGAACCUCGAGGUCAGAAGAUUUUGGUUUAGGCAGUUAGAGGACUUAAAGAUUGUACUGUGAAUUAGCUUAUAAUAGCACUCCCUAUUGUAAUGCUUUCCAAGAAAAACAAAAGGGAGACAGUAGUGUGAUUGGUCCUUGAUAAUACCAACUUUCUAAAGAAGAUGGAUGUACCUGAUGAAGCCAGAGCCCAGCCCUAGGGAAUGUGAUGGUAUGGUUAGAACUUUGGCUUCAAGAGAUAGCUGUUCCCCAAGUUCACUAGGUGAAUUGAUUUAUUAUUAUCAUAUUGAUAAUGUCUAAUUCUUCAGCCACUUGGGCAGUGGAGAUCCCUGGAAGCUGUUUGGGCAGUGCCUCACUGUUGCAACCCAGGGGCUGUCUUGGCUAAUACUCAUUUACUUAAUUGGGAAGGUUGAUAGUCCAUUGCUAGCAUCUAUGAGGUUUUUUUUUCUUCUCAAGUUUGCAAAUGAGCAUAGGGCUGAUCUGUAAGAAAAGGUACUGCAACACCCUCCAUCAUUUAUUAGUUAAAAACAGCAUCUUUUUUCUUUUUUAUCCCUUGGGGAACUUUCUUCAUGUCAUUUUCAUGUAGGAAAAAAAGUGAAGAAAAUGCUAAUGAUUCACUCACUGAUAAGUGUUUUCCUCUUUGUUUUGCUUGUUGCCUUAGGUAGGCUGAGAUUGGGCUACAUAAAGAGAAGUUUUGUCAUUAAGGAUUGUGGGAUAUGCAAUUUUCAUCAGAAUUAAGGCCCAUUUGUACCAAAGAGCUGUUUCCUUGGACUUUGGAACCUAUCUUUUUUUUAUUUUAAGCCAAUUCUUUUGUUUCCUUUUUCCCCAGGAGCUGGAGAAACCAAAUCUACUAUAGAUCAUUCUCUUAUACAGGAGAACCAGAAAACCUUUAUUUUUCUUAACUCACAUUUAUAUUAAAAUAUGUGAAGUCUCUUCCAAUGGAUUCUGCCUUUCCAAAACAGUACUAAAUUCUUGGCUUUAGAAGAGAAUAUCUGUUUAGAGUGAAUGGCUUCCUGAUUUAGGAGAAUUGUUCAGUGGUAGAAAAAUCAUUUUAAAUCACUUAAAAAUAUGAAACAUUUUUAAAAUAUGGCAUUUUUUCUGCCUUGCAUACAUCUUAAGAACUUUCUUUGCCUUUUCCCAUAGCUGCCUCAAGGAAGUUCACAUUACAAUGUAAAAUGGAGAAGAGGUCAGUUAUAGUAAAGGGGAAGAGACUUUGAAUAUUAUGGCAACUGAUUAAAAGCUGCCAUUAGUAACAGACCUGCCUCAUAUGCUAAAAAUAUUGGUGGAAAACUCAGUGACAUUUUAAUAUGCAUUCCCUUCACCACAGUAUUAACUGUUGAACUGUACUUUUAGAGCAAUAUAUAGGUGCUUGGGAUUACACUCUAUCUCUACUAUCUGCACCCCCUACUUUACUGCUUCUAUGGGCUAGCUCUGUUUUGCUAUUUGAAAUAGAGUAGGGUUGAGAUAGGGAAAGAAAAAAGUGCUGAGUUUAGUGCUUCUCUUCCAGGGCAGGAGAGUUAGACUAUAUAAAGAAUUCCCUCUUUGAGGGGAGGCAGCUUUCCCUUGGUUAAUAGGAUUAUUCUCAGCUUUUUCAGAGUUAGGAGCUUGGUUGGGUUAGAAUGUCUAGAGAAGUUACCAUUUGAAUGCUUAGGGUAGUGGCACAUUAUUCAACCUUUAUUUGCUCUUCAUACUGAGCUCAUAAGAAGCCCUUUCAGUCCACUUUUUCUAUGAUCUAUAUUUAAAUGCACCAUCUUCUACUAACACAGUGGUCUCAAAAUGGCAAUUUGAAGAGGCACUCUAUUAUUUUACUUAGCAGUACACAUUGCAUUGAUGGUAUGCAAAAGGGGAAAUCAAUUAAAUUGAGUUUUUAUUGUUCAUUUCUUUUUAAAAUUCUACAAUUCCAUCACAGUGUUCUUUUUAAAAUCUCAGGUGUUAGACAAAAACAAAACCCAAAAAUAUAUUGUCAUGUGGAUUGUAACCAUUUUAUUUGUAAGAUUCUAUAAAUAAAUUUAUAUUCUGUAA